AUGCGUUUGCACAGCAUAGCUGUAGCGGCUAUCCAAGAGACGAAGUGGUCUAAAUCCACCCAUGUCCCUUUCUGUGCCGACUACACGAUCGUCCGUCGAGACCGCGGUCGCAACAAAGGCGGAGGUUUGGCCUUCCUGGUGGACAAAUCCAUUGCACACCAUCAGCUACCCCUGCUUGGUGCUGAUCCCACGGAAGUACUGGGAAUUUCCCUCGACAUUGGCCCGCUGCCGCUAACCGUCGUGAACCCUACCACCUCCUACCUGUGCCCACACGGCGGAGCGAGCCCUUCGUCGACUGAUUAUGGCAGCAGCAAGUCAUCACAUCAUCCCCUACUCUGUCCUAACUAUCCGCCUGAAGCCUCCCGCCUGGAACGCGAGACAUGUGAUAUACGAGCACAUGACGCCAAUGACCCGCGCAUCGUCGAGCUGAACGGCCUGAUCACCAGGACCAUCCACGACGGCAAACGCCAACGCUGGCAUGAACUAGUUGGAGAUUGCAAUUUCCGUGGCAACUCAGCUGCCACUUGGAAACUUCUACAUCUCAAUCGACGCUCCGUGGCAGUCUCAAUCGACCUGUCACGCGCUUUCGACUGCGUUCGCCAUGAUCAGCUCCUACAAGACUUGGUCCCCCUGAACCUUCCGACUGGCCUGGUCUGA